CCAGUGCCUCGAGCACCGGCUGCAAUGGAGUGGCUCGGUGCGAGCGGAGCGUGCAGCACGGUUUGGAGUCCCUCCAGUCAAAGGUCGUCGUAGUCAUGAUUAAUUUCAAUAAUUCACUCUGGUGCUGUAUCAGGAAAUGGACUGGGACCAGUUUGACUUGAACCCUAAAGUAAUUGUUGCCCUUAAGAAAGCUGACAUAAAAUCAAUAAAAGAGAUUUUAAAUCUUUCUGGAGCGGACUUGCAAAGACUGAUGAAACUGUCCAGUGCAGAUAUACAGUGCUUACUGAAAACAGUCUCUCGCACGCUGAGGAGAAAUAGUAUGCUUACAGCACUUCAGCUCUACCAGGAUGAAGACCACCUCACCUCCCAGCACCAGAAGCUAAGCCUAGGAUGUUCAGUACUAGAUAACUUGUUAAAAGGUGGCAUUCCUUUAGUGGGAAUCACAGAACUUGCCGGGGAAAGUUCUGCUGGGAAGACUCAGAUUAGUUUACAACUGUGCCUUUGUGUGCAGUAUCCUUACAAACAUGGUGGAUUAGAGUCUGGAGCUGUCUACAUUUGUACAGAAGAUGUAUUCCCAAGUAAACGUUUGCAGCAACUCAUAGAUCAACAACAUAAGCUGCGUGCAGAUGUUCCAGCUGAAAUCAUACAGAAGAUCAAAUUCGGAAACAGUAUUUUUGUUGAGCAUGCAGCAGACCUAGAUACCUUUCACAACUGCAUUACUAAAAGGAUUUCCCUACUGCUCACAAGAGGCAUGGUGCGGUUGGUGGUCAUAGACUCUAUUGCUGCUUUGUUUCGAUGCGAAUUUGGAGUUUCGGAUUCUGUUAUGAAGGCUCGGUAUUUGCAGACAUUUGGAGCACAGCUUCACAGUUUAAGCACUAGAUUCAGGACUCCGAUAAUGUGCAUUAAUCAGGUGACCGAUGCAGUGAGCGAGUCAGAAUCUGCUCAGUGCAGUUGUAGUGCAGCGGAUAACAGAGUCUCUCCAGCACUUGGAAUAACCUGGGCAAAUCAACUGCUAAUGAGACUGAUGGUCAGCCGAAUAUCACAACCUGAACAAUCAUCUGGAGUUGCGUCACACCACACUGGAAGCGUGAGGACUUUAAGAGUAAUUUUUGCUCCUCACCUACCUCCAUCCUCUUGCUACUAUACAGUAAAAUUGGAAGGUGUGAAAGGAAUAAAAUAAAUCCUUUGCAUAAUAAAGCAUCCUCCUCCAAAAAAGUAUCAAAACUACUUUGCUUCAGGAAGAAUUACUAGUAAAAUUAAAUUCAUCCUAGAUGAGAGAAAUAGAUGCUGAAAUACAUAAACAGUGAUAAGACAAUACAUUAAGCCUUGUCUACAUUGUGAAAGAAGAUCUUUUUUGUACUUGGAUGUAUGUUCAUCAGCUUUUCCUUGUGAGGUAAGUUUUCUGAAGGAGAGUAAAGCUGUGGGCAGGUGGAGGCUGCACAAUAAAGUGUGAUGUGGCAAUCCCCGUGUUAGGGGAGACCCCAUUUUUAAUUUUAAUAGCUU